AUGCCAAAGUCUCAGCGGAAGUCGCAGAUCGUAGUCCCGGGUCUUGGACAACAUUAUACCAGUCCCAAGAAGGCGGCGCCUCGUCGCCCUACCGUUCUUCGACCCCUUGGUCAUGACCUUAAGAAGCGUCGCCUUACGGACGAGCUCAAUAGACUACUAGCCAACCCUGGGGCUACCAUCACUGCCGUGCCCGAUACUGCCGUGCCCGAUGUACCCUCAGGAGAGCAUGAUGACCGUGCACACAACGCCUCCGAUGCGCUGGACAAUCUCGCGGCUCAAAUGAUCACCAACAUGGACAUGGACCCUCCAACACCUCGUGGGACGGCGCCGCCUCCACCGAAAGCCAGUGGCGAGGCUAGCAGCAAGUUGUAUAGCAGCUGGGCAAGCCUAUUGCCGACCCUCGUUGAGCCCCUACUCGAGUAUGAACGCCAGUCGAUCGGUAAACCGCUGACAUCACCAUCCAGCAUCCUCCGCGGAUGCACCAAUGGCCGCAAUAUAGAUUGCGAGUUCAGAACGCUCAAUAUGCUGUGCUUAUUCCCAGACCACUUCCGGAUGCUGGAGGUGCAAGGAUGUAAAUGUCAAACAAUUCCCCAACGCCUCGUCACCCAUGGUCUCUUUCCCACUUCCCCGGCGCAGCCACGAAUUGCCAUCUCGAUCGACCUUCUCAAUCUCUUCCAUUCUCUCUUCGAGGAAUCCUGCGACGCCGUCCAUGCGAUGUCCCACGCCUUGAAGAAGUACUACCUUCGUCGUGGCUACAUGCUUACAAGCAACCAAACAGGGGACGAAGUCAAGGAACCCUUUCGCCGAAGCCUCGGAUAUGCGAUGCAAUGGCACGACACGUUGCGUUUGCUUUCAGCCAUCAGCACGACGGUCGAGCCCCACAAUACCUCCUCUCCUCCUGAUAUAUCCUCUGAACUUCCCAACGAAGUGCUAGCCAACCAUGGAAUUGAUCAGGCCCCCUCGCUUCCUGCAAGGGAGCUGCAAAUUCGAUGCCCUGCCUGCUUCGGCGGAGACAAGUUCGGUGUCCCCUUUUCAGAGGGAGGUGACUUUCACGUCGCUGUUGACGGAAACUUCCAUCAUCGACAUCGGCGCAGUGCUGGCGACAGCGCGAGAUUUCACAAACCAGAGUAUUUCCUGUCAAAGGAACAAGUUGAUCGAGUGGGCGUUCAUAUUCACAAGGCUCGAAAGGGUAAACCAAAGGAAAUAAGGCCCGUCGUGCCCAAUGAGGCUAUUGAUCAAUGCAAGCAGUCUCAUGAUGCUGCAAACGACAACAAGGCUAAAUCGAAUGUGGAACAAUUUGAUGAUCAUGGGAUUAGUGCACUGGUCUGUCGCCACGGAGCUCCGCUUUUCACCACCAACAUCGAUACCCCCGGUGAGCAGCAGAAGUACGCUGUCGCUCUCAUACAACACCUCUUUCGGCGCAUUCCCGACAAUUCGACCGUGCUCGUCCUUUACGAUGUAGGCUGCGUCUUGAACCGAUCAAUGGAGUUGUAUGAUAUCUUCCCUCCAGAUAUAACUGCCAGACUCGAAUUCGCGACCAGUGCGAUGCAUGCGUACGCCCACCAGUGGUCCUGCCAACUAGUCUACAAUCCACGACUUCGAGAAGGUGUCGGACUUACUGAUGGCGAGGGCGUAGAACGUCUGUGGUCGAGGCUCCGCAAGCUCAUUGGGAUCACUCGUACAUCAGGCAGAUCUCGCCGGAUAUGGCUCGUCGACCGCCAGCUCAAUAGCAUCGGAUCUUCGCAUCGUGAAGACUUGGGUGAUUGGCUCACAAGGCGCUAUGCCUUUGCGCAAAAGGAAUCGAGGGCGAACGAGACUGUGGUACGGAACUCUGGGUUUACUGUCAAGGAGCUACAACAUGAGUGGGCUUUACAACGAGAGGCACAAUUGUCUCUCGACAGCAUCCUCAACCUUCAAUCGGAGCUAGACUCGCUAGACACGACGAUUGAAGCCACAAAAAAAGCCUUGAGUAAAGGCACGACCCCGCUGGCCUCCAGACUCCUUCCCGAGCUCACACUUACAGGAGAGAAGCUUCGGACGCAGGCCGAUCAAAUCUACGACACCCUCAAUGUCCAGAAUCGCUUCCCGGAGCUCAAGCAAUGCAGCCUCGAAUUUGUUCGCAUACUCCUGAUCCUUCGAGACUUGAAAGUCAACAUACGAAAGCGCGCAAUUGGCAGUUUCUUCGAAUGGGACAAGCUGGACCAAGCAGUAGGCGGACGACAACAAUCAAUAGGCACGAAACUUCACCAGCGCACAAGGAACGCAAUCACAAAGCGAAGGCCAGCAUUACUCACAGCCAUCAAUAAAUUCAAUGCGCUCUGUGGGACCCUCGAGAGAUUGCACGACCCCACAUGGCUGGUACCCUUGCCUAAGCCACUUCCAACACAGCUGAGCGGCCUUCGUGAUGCCCAAGAGCUCAUGGAGGAUGUCUGGAUCACACCGUCUGAUUCUGCGGUGCCACGAUGGCUCGAAAACCUCGACGUUCGGAACGGCAUUCGGUCGAUGCAGAAGAUCCAUCGUUGUACAGAGGAAACUGUUCGACUGCAUCGCGAGGCCGAGAAUAUGUGUCUCUGGCUUACUGCUGAAUCAGCCGCAGUACGUCAGGCAUUGACGAUACCUCGUCAUAAGAACCUUCUUUUGCGUUUAGAGCAGUACCUCGCCUCCAUCGAACGCCUUGAGGCUCGAUGGGCAUGUUCACUCAUUAGCCGCAAGCGCCUUCGGGGGAUACUUGAUCAGUCGAGGCCUAAUCCAACGCGGUUGACGCCACCCUCAACUCCCUCAAAUCAAGGGACGUUCACGACAUCAGUCGACUGCUCGAUAGAGGCCGAUUAUCCCAAGGACGACGAUGAAGUCCUUGCCGAUGAAGCUCGCUUCCUUGAGCCUGAAGCGAUCAUCCUUUCCGACAUCCUUGACAACGCAGAAGAUGCAUCAGAUGACGGCUUGGAAACGGAGGUCACCCCAAUCGAGGCUCCAGUCAGCCUUUGUCACUCUGAGCACACCAGGACACCAAGGGCCGACCAGGACAACGACAUCAAGCCACUGGUUAAGCACAGUGAUCUAACCGACCGCCACCAUAUUGCGUUAAAUAAGGACAGCGAAUCAACGGUAUCUGGUCGCCUGGCUUCUAUUCAUUGGGCUCUACCCGUGAGUGUCCGAUGCUUCUUCCACCUUGUGCGCGUUUACUGA